AUGGCUGCUCACCAACCACGUCUCCCCGUCCUCCUCUUCGUCUUCCUCACCGUCUAUGUCCACUCCACCCAUGGCGACCCUCUUCCGAGCACUUACGACAUCUCCAUGUGCUCGGAAUCAUUCUGGUGCGGCGGCGUCGAAAUCCGCUACCCGUUCUAUCUUGCCAGCGCAACCGAAGCAACCACCGAUCACAGCGGGAACUACUCUUGCGGCUACACCGACAUGAGCAUUUCCUGCAAACUCAAGGGGCAGACCUGGACCCCUACCAUCCGUCUUGGCGGCGACGACUACACCGUCGAGAGCAUCUCCUACGGCUACGACCAUCACACCAUCUCACUGGUGGACAGCGAUGUGCUCCUAGGAGGCGGCGAUUGCCCCGCAGUCUGCCACCAAGUCAGCUUCGACGAGACAUGGCUGCAUAACACCAGCUCAAACGACAACCUCACCUUCUUCUUCGGCUGCGACCCACGCGAUCCCGUGGCACCUGAUUUUUACACAUUCAAAAUCAAAUGCGCGGGGUUCAAGAGUCCUCCAGAUGCUGGCCCAGGAGACUCCUUCGUGCUCAUGCCUGGUGAGCUUGAAAGGGAUGACAAGGGGUUGGCAACGAGUAUUACCACCUGGUGGCAGACGAAGCUCAAGGUCGAGGCCGUAGACGAAGAAGGCGCUGGCGGAGACGAUGUCGAGGCCGGAGACGAAGGCGCUGCUAGAGAUAAGGGCGUGGUCGAAGAUGUGAAGGUGUUUGCCGGAGACAAGGAGGGCGAUGGAGCCGCCCCGCGCACCGGAGAGGAGGACAAGGGUGCUGCGUGCGCCGGAGCCGAGGACGAGAGCGAGGCCGGCCAGCCGCCAAAGGACGAGGACGAGGGCGUGGCCGGGCGCACCUGGGAGACGAGGACGAGGGCCCGCCGCGCGCGCUGGAGAAGUGGGCGCGAGCCACACGCGUGUCGGAGCUAG